GACCUUCCUCCCUUUCAAUAUCCUCUUCUCCGACUAACACUGGAUUUCCUCUAUCGCAGAACACCGUCUUAUCCGGGCAUCCAUCUCUUGAAAAUACCCAAGUCAAACACCUAUCAGCACACCUUCUACAUCAUCAAACCAACCCGCCAAAAUGAGAUCCAAGUUUAAGGACGAGCACCCCUUCGAGAAGCGCAAGGCUGAGGCUGAGCGUAUUCGCCAGAAGUACUCCGACCGCAUUCCCGUUAUCUGCGAAAAGGUCGAGAAGAGUGAUAUCGCUACCAUCGAUAAGAAGAAGUACCUCGUACCGGCGGACCUCACCGUGGGCCAGUUCGUUUACGUCAUCCGCAAGCGCAUCAAGCUGUCCCCCGAGAAGGCCAUCUUCAUCUUCGUAGAUGAGGUCCUUCCUCCAACCGCUGCUCUCAUGAGCAGCAUCUACGAGGAGCACAAGGACGAGGAUGGUUUCCUUUACAUCACGUACUCGGGCGAGAACACCUUCGGCGACUUCGAGACUGCGUAAUCAUAUCCUCUCUACCGUUUUGCUUUAGACGUUGUCGGCGUUUUGGGGGGAUUCAUACACGAUUACUGGAUCAAUGAACGGGUUGGUGGGCUGUGCAUCAUGUUGUUUCUGCUGGGUUUAUAUCCUUAGGUUCCGUUGGCUGAGGAGGGAGAGGGCUUGCUAUGACAGAAGGGACGAUGGGGCUGUGCUGUUGGGGUCUGGACUUGAGUGCCGCCUGCAG